CUUAAAGGCAAACUCUUAAAAAGGGUAGCAGCACUUCAGUCCUGACAGAACAGUGCUCUCACUGGCAUGGCUGGAGGACCGGAAUACCAACCUCUGCUGAGAAAGAUACCAGGAAGCAAGCACCCAACACAGAAACUAUUUUGGGCUGCCUGUGCUGUCGGCAUUGGAGGAACAUUUCAAUAUGGUUACAGUCUCUCUGUCAUUAAUGCACCUACAACACAUAUUCUUAAAUUUAUUAACAACACUUGGCAUGACCGCCAUCAGACUACUUUAGAUGAAGGGUUGCUGACGCUUAUUUGGUCAACAAUUGUUUCAAUAUUUACUCUUGGUGGGUUACUUGGCACGUAUAUUGGUGGAAAUAUGGCUAAUAAACUUGGCAGAAAAAAAACGCUGCUAAUAAAUAAUUUUUUUGCAAUUGUUGCUGCUUUUUUCAUGGGUCUUGCUGAACCCGCUGGAUUGUUUGAACUUUUGAUCAUUGGGAGAUUCUUUAUAGGAAUUAAUGCAGGUAUUGGUAUUUGUGUUCAACCACUGUAUCUUGGGGAAAUUGCACCAAAGAGUAUAAGAGGCCAGACAACAGUGGCCAUCAAUGUCUUUUUGACUUUUGGCAUCCUGGCUGGACAGAUUGUUGGCUUACGGGAAAUACUCGGUAGCCAGGAUUCUUGGCCAUUCUUGUUAUCUACAUGCUGCAUUCCGGCAUUUAUACAGCUACUGGUACUCCCAUUCUUUCCUGAAAGUCCCAGGUACCUUCUAAUAGAAGAGAAAAACGAGUACGAAUGUCAAAAAGUAUUAAAAACACUUUAUGGUCCACAAUUCUACCAGACUGAGAUGGAGGAUAUACAAAAAGAAUCGCUUGCUUUAAAUGGUGAGAAACCAUUGAAGGCGCUGGCAUUGUUCUCAGACCGUACCAUCAGAUGGCAGCUUAUUAUUACAAUAAUUACAAAUGCCGGGCAGCAGCUCUGUGGGAUUAAUGCAAUUUACUUCUAUGCAGAAUAUGUAUUUACAAAAGCUGGGAUUCCCACACAAAAUAUACCUUACGUGACGCUGGGCACUGGUAUUUGUGAAUGUGCCACUGCUCUGACAUGUGGUCUGCUUAUAGACACUGCUGGGAGAAGAGUUCUCAUUAUUGGAGGAUAUGCAGCGAUGGCACUUUGGUGUGCUCUCUUGACAGUGACAUUGACAUUUCAGGAUGCUUUUUCUUGGGUUCCAUAUUUAAGUAUGGCUGCUAUCCUUGCUUUCAUAUUGAGCUUUGGACUUGGACCAGGAGGCGUUACAAAUACUUUGACAGCAGAAUUAUUCACUCAGUCUGCGCGAUCCGGAGCUUUCAUGAUUGGAGGAGCAGUUAGCUGGAUAAGCUUUUUUGCUGUAGGAAUGAUUUUCCCAUUCAUAGUGAAUGGAUUAAAUCAAUAUUGCUUCCUGUUUUUCCUUGUGGCAUGCGCACUUAUAGCAGGUUUCAUCUACAUAGUUGUCCCGGAGACCAAAAACAAAUCAUUUCUUGAAAUUAAAGAGGAAUUCCAAAAACUUAACAUUGGUCACAUUAGUUCCAUUUUAAGAGAAGAUCGGAGCAAAUACCCUACUUUUGCUAUGGAAAUGUGAUCUCAAUUAUCAAAUGUUGUUUCUACAAAAAAUGCUAGCAUAUUUUUUUUAAGCAUUAAAACAAUUAUUUAAAAAACUGUAUGGGCAUCAAACAAUUUCAGCCACAUUUCAAUAUAGAAACCGGAAUACAUUAAUACAAUGUAUUAAUAAUUAGUACAUUCUGAUGACAAGGCCUGUGAUAACCGUGCAUUUGGCUAACCUUUGCCCUGCACGGUUUACAAUAAUCAGAGACAGGCUAUAGACACCAGAAACACUACAUUAAGCUGUAGUGGUUCUGGUGACUAUAGUGUCCUUUUAAAGAGGUGGUCUUGGUGACAAGAUGCAGUCCCUGCAGUUUGACAAAUGUUAGGAAUGCUUCUAAUAGCUUCAGACAGUCACCAGAGGUGAUGAUGCCAAAUGCAGUAUAAAUAAAUCUCCGCUAUAGAGUAUAAGGACAAUACUUAUCUAGGAGGAG